GAAACAAACACCCAAAUCAAACCCGCGCGUCGCCAGCCGCAGCACCAAUGGCGUGCGUCGCCGCGCUCUUCGCCUCCCCGGCGCUCCUCCCCUUCCCCUCCACCACCUCGUCCAUGGCCUCCUGCUCGUGCCGCCUCCGCCCCGCCGUCGUCGCCCGCGCGCCGCGCCAGCAGCCGCGGGGCCGGCGCGCGCUCCGGCGCUUCGAUGAGGUGGAAGGGGUGUCGAAGAAACGGCGCGGCAUCGGAGGCGGUGGCGGCGUCGGCGCUGGCGGGUCGCAGCCGUCGUCCUCGCGCAGGGAUAGGGGGCUUUCCGUCGAUUUCAAGGAGCCGCAGGUUGCUGAGUUUGAUGAUCUUGAAGAGGACAAAUUCCUUAAUGCUGUCGUCAAGGUCUAUUGCACUCAUAUCGCACCCGAUUAUGGUCUUCCUUGGCAGAAGCAAAGGCAACAUUCAAGUAGUGGGAGUGCUUUUAUGAUUGGGGAUGGUAAACUCUUGACAAAUGCGCAUUGCGUUGAGCACGACACCCAGGUCAAAGUAAAGAGAAGGGGAGAUGACAAAAAAUAUAUUGCCAAGGUUUUAGCUAGGGGUGUUGAAUGCGAUCUUGCGUUGCUAUCUGUUGAGAAUGAAGAGUUCUGGAGAGGAACAGAGGCACUUCAUUUUGGUCGUUUGCCAUGCCUUCAGGAUUCAGUAACUGUUGUGGGAUAUCCUCUUGGUGGAGACACUAUAUCUGUAACAAAAGGCGUUGUGUCGCGCAUUGAGGUCACUCCAUAUGCACAUGGAACAUCAGAUCUUCUUGGCAUUCAAAUUGACGCAGCCAUAAAUCCUGGAAACAGUGGGGGACCAGCCUUUAAUGAUCAAGGGGAGUGCAUUGGUGUGGCAUUUCAGGUGUACAGGUCAGAUGAAGCUGAAAAUAUUGGAUAUGUUAUUCCAACUACAGUUGUAUCCCAUUUCUUAAAUGACUAUCAGAAAAAUGGAAAGUACACAGGAUUUCCAUGUUUGGGUGUCUUACUUCAGAAAUUGGAAAAUCCGGCAUUGCGUGAAAGCUUAAAAGUACCUUCAAGCGAGGGUGUUCUUGUUCGUCGGGUGGAACCUACUGCUCCAGCAAGCAGUGUUUUGCGAAAGGGAGAUGUAAUUGUUAGCUUUGAUGGUAUCGCAGUAGGAUGUGAAGCAACAGUACCAUUUCGGUCCACAGAACGGAUUGCUUUCCGCUAUCUCACAAGCCAAAAGUAUGCAGGCGAUAUUGCCCAGCUAGGAAUCAUUCGUGAUGGCAAUUCCAUGAAAGUCCAGACUAUUUUGCAGCCAAGAAAACAUUUAGUGCCGUUUCAUGUUGAGGGGGGACAACCUUCUUAUCUGAUUGUUGCUGGCCUUGUCUUCACACCUUUAACAGAACCAUUUAUAGAGGAGGAAUGCGAAGAUACACUAGGGCUGAAAUUGUUAGCAAAAGCACGUUACUCUCUAGCAACCUUUGAGGGGGAGGAAAUUGUUAUUGUGUCGCAGGUUUUGGCGCACGAGGUCAACAUUGGGUAUGAGCACAUGGGCAAUCAACAAGUCAUGAAACUAAACGGAACCACAAUAAAGAAUAUCCAUCACCUUGCUCAUCUUGUGGACACCUGUAAAGACAAGUUCCUGACGUUCGAAUUCGAAGACGACUUCCUUGUUGUUUUGCAUCGAGAAGAAGCGGAUGCUGCAUCAUCGGACAUUCUCAAGGAACAUGCCAUACCGUCCAUACGGUCAUCUGAUCUAUCAGAACCAUAUGCAGAAGCAAACAAUAACGAGAUACAGAAAACAAGCGAGGAUUUUGGUGAAAGUCCUGUCACAAACUUUGAGAUGGGGAUCGAUUGUCUCUUGUGGGCAUGAUCGUUCUCUUUUAAUGGAUGAGCUACUGAGGAUGAAGUUUCAGCUAAAUCUGCAGUAGUGAAAUGCAAGCAUCUGCCGGCGAACAACGGUGGUCGUAGGAAUACUCUCCCAAUGUGUAGUGCAUGCAAUGCAAGUACCUUGCGGCAAAGCCGAGUCAUGUUGUAUGUUAGCAUAGACAGAAUUGAGAGAUAUGCUGUACGCUAGGAGCCAUAGGAUGAUUUGUUCAUUUUCAAUCUUUAGGCAGUCAGGAAUUUAAGGGAUUGUACAAUUUGUCCACCAGCGAUCCUGUAAAGCUCGGACAUGCAAAUAUGCAAUAGACCGUCCAGAAAUUUUGUUGGUU